CUCCAGACGGGACCACAGAGCCAGCUGGUGAGGAGCAGGCAAAGUGGUUGCUAGUCAGCCUGACUCAGAGCAGAGGACUCUGGGGACCAAGUUGGGGCAUGCUGACCCCACAACCCCUGCUGCUUGCCCUGGCUGGGCUGCUCUUCCUCGGACCUGCCAUGUCCCAGGAGUGUGCCAAGUACAAAGUCAGCACCUGCCGGGACUGUAUCCAGUCGGGGCCUGGCUGCGCCUGGUGCCAGAAGCCGAAUUUCACCGGGAAAGGAGAGCCAGACUCUGUGCGCUGUGACACGCGGGAACAGCUGCUAAUAAAGGGUUGCCCAUCCGAUGACAUAAUGAAGCCCGGAAGCUUCGCUAUACCCCAAGAUUUUGAACAGGGAGGCCGGAAACAGCUGUUUCCACAAAAAGUGACACUCCACCUACGACCAGGUCAGGCGGCUGCAUUCAACGUUACCUUCCGACGGGCCAAAGGCUACCCCAUCGACCUGUACUACCUCAUGGACCUCUCCUACUCCAUGCUGGAUGACCUCAACAAUGUCAAGAGGCUGGGAGGAGACCUGCUGCGUGCCCUCAAUGAGAUCACUGAGUCUGGCCGCAUCGGCUUCGGGUCCUUCGUGGACAAGACAGUGCUGCCCUUCGUCAACACGCACCCUGAGAAGCUGAGGAACCCGUGCCCCAACAAGGAGAAGGCCUGCCAGCCCCCAUUUGCCUUCAGGCAUGUGCUCAAGCUCACCGACAAUUCCAACCAGUUUCAGACAGAGGUUGGCAAGCAGCUGAUUUCUGGAAACCUGGAUGCUCCUGAGGGUGGACUUGAUGCCAUGAUGCAAGUUGCUGCUUGCCCGGAGGAAAUUGGCUGGCGCAAUGUCACGCGAUUGCUGGUGUUUGCCACAGAUGAUGGCUUCCACUUUGCUGGUGAUGGGAAGCUGGGUGCCAUCCUGACCCCCAACGAUGGCCGCUGCCACCUGGAGGACAACAUGUACAAGAGGAGCAAUGAGUUUGACUACCCAUCGGUGGGUCAGCUGGCCCACAAAUUGUCUGAAAGCAACAUCCAGCCCAUCUUCGCAGUGACGAAGAAGAUGGUAAAAACCUACGAGAAACUCACUGAGAUCAUCCCAAAGUCGGCUGUGGGGGAGCUGUCUGAUGACUCCAGCAACGUGGUGCAACUGAUCAAGAAUGCCUACAACAAACUGUCCUCCAGAGUCUUCCUGGAACACACCACCCUCCCUGACACUCUGAAAGUCACCUACGACUCCUUCUGCAAUAAUGGAGCAGCGUCAAGCAUAGACAAAUCCCGAGGGGACUGCGAUCGCGUGCAGAUCAACGUUCCGGUCACCUUCCAGGUGAAGGUCACAGCCACAGAGUGUAUCCAGGAGCAGUCGUUUGUCAUUCGGGCACUGGGCUUCACCGACACGGUGACCGUACAGGUCCUUCCCCAGUGCGAGUGCCAGUGCCGGGACCAGAGCCAGGAGCGGGGCCUCUGCAGAGGCAAGGGUUCCAUGGAAUGUGGCAUCUGCAGGUGUGACUCCGGCUACAUUGGGAAAAACUGUGAGUGUCAGACACAGGGCCGGAGCAGCCAGGAACUGGAGGGAAACUGCCGGAAGGACAACAGCUCCAUCGUGUGCUCGGGGCUGGGGGACUGCAUCUGUGGGCAGUGUGUGUGCCACACCAGCGAUGUCCCUAACAAGAUGAUCUUCGGGCAGUACUGCGAGUGUGACAAUGUCAACUGUGAAAGAUAUGACAGCCAAGUCUGCGGUGGCCCGUCAAGGGGCACCUGUGCCUGUGGUAAGUGUACUUGCAAGAAGGACUUCCAGGGCUCAGCCUGCCAGUGCAAGAGGUCCACUGAGGGCUGUCUGAACACGCGGCUGGUGGAGUGCAGUGGCCGCGGUCAGUGCGAGUGCAACCGGUGCAAGUGUGACAAAGACUACCAACUGCCCCUAUGUGAGGACUGUCCUGGCUGCCCCUCGCCCUGCAGCAAGUUCAUCUCUUGUGCCGAGUGCCUGAAAUUCAACAAGGGUCCCUUUGAGAAGAAUUGCAGUGUAGCAUGUGCAAGGCUGACUCUGCAAAGCUCCCUCUCAAAGGUCAAGAGCGUCUGCAAGGAGCGGGACUCGGAGGGCUGCUGGAUGUCCUACAACCUGCAGCAAUUGGAUGGGAGAGAGACUUACAACAUCCACGUAGAAGAGAACCGAGAGUGCGUGAAAGGCCCCAACAUCGCCGCUAUCGUAGGGGGCACUGUGGCAAGUGUUGUGUUAAUUGGCGUCCUCCUCCUGGUCAUCUGGAAGGCUCUGACCCACCUGAGUGACCUCCGGGAGUACAGACGCUUCGAGAAGGAGAAGCUCAAAUCUCAGUGGAACAAUGACAACCCCCUCUUCAAGAGCGCCACCACAACAGUCAUGAAUCCUAAAUUUGCUGAAAGCUAAGGCAUCUGCAAAGAUGAGGUGUCAGGACCAAUCAAAUGAAACUCUCAAACCAUGCCUCCUCCACCCUGUGGCCAUGACGUGGCUUACAGUUCAGCACAGACCAAAAGCCCAUUCUGUUUCUUUCUGCCUUUAUAAUGUCAGGGCUGCCAGGUUUCCCCAGAUUCACCUUCUGACCUGAGCCAUCUCCACAGAGCUUUAAGAAGGACUUCUCAAGUCUCAAGAGGUUCUACAUACUUCUACAUAAAGGAAGACAGCUGUUUCA